AUGGUCUUGGGCCUGUCAUGGUCGCCCUCGACGACCAAUGCGACGCGUAUUCUGCGGUCGCGGCCCGUGCGACUACUGCUUCUGUACCCAUGUCUGCGAGGGCUCGAGGCCGCGGCUGAGCGCCACAGCAGCGUGUUCUCAUUCACUCCGCUUUCCUACGCUCUCGUGGAGGUAUUGAAGAGCGUCUACGCGUUCUUCACGCUCAGGUACAGGCGGCCAAGUACACCAUAUCGCCGGCCACACCAUGGACAAGAAGAGGAAGAGUACUUCCUUGGGGAACAUGAUGGAACGCGGGGCUCGGGCGCAAGCGCGCGGACCUACUGGCCAAUCGCAGUAUGCGCAGGACUGCUCUGGGCGGCACACUCACAUCUGUACGCCACAGCUGUCAAUGAAGGCGUGUCUGCCAUCACCCUCCAAGUGGCCCUCGCGUCUGCCACGCUAUUCGUACUUCUGGGACAGUAUCUGCUCUUCAGCAAAUCUGGACUCAACGCUUCUGGUCAGACGGUCGCGUUACAGCUCGCCGGAGUGCUCAUUGCUGGCUCAACUUUGGCCCCAACUCCGUCAACCACUCUUCUCGUUAUUCCCGUCUCUAUUGCUAUGACAAUGCUUUCGUACGAACUCUGCUAUCAAUCAUAUUCGGACAUCUCUCCCACUCAUAUCAACAUCGUAUCGUUUGUAUCCGCAACUGUCGCCCAUAUAGCAUUCGCUGUGUAUACCCGCGUCGCUCCCCGCGACCUGGCCGACCAUCUAAUUGGCGUAUCAGCCUGGGAUCUUCUUCUUAUACCCUUGCGCACUGCAUCUGGCCUAUGGGCUCUAUCUAUCGUCCAUGACUUCGGCUCGCUUGCCGAAGGGAUGUGCCGCUCGCUAGCUUUCGUAUUCACUCUAUUCGGCCGCCAUACUCUUUCUAUCGAGUCAUGGUUGGGGCUCAUUGGCGGGACUCUCGUCAAUACCUGGUCCGGCUUCACGUACCUUGCCAACGAGAUCGGACUGCAAAUAGAUCAAGCCGAGUCUCCUGGGUACAAGCGAAAACUGGAGUCAGUCGCACCGAGCAACCUGCGGCGAGUCUUGUCGGCUGUUCUCGCACUGGCUUUAGGAGCUCUCUGCUUCGUGUUCCCACUGUCCGAUACCGCGAGCCUAUCAAGCGUAGACACGCAGUGUGCGAAUGGCCGCAGAUCUCCAUCUGUACCGGCGCUGCCCGAUCGCAAAUACCAUCACUUUGACGACACACUCCUAAUUGUAUUCUUCAGCCACGCGCGGUACGAUGUCAAUCUGGACCACUACCGCGAGGUGUAUGCAGAAUACUUCCCCAACAUGGUCUUCGUUGGUCCUAAGACGCGAGAGGAUGCCGGCUUCAGACACUCGUACGAUGUGCUUGUAGACUCGUAUCAGUCAGAUGAAGACCUGCGAGACGACAAGAACUUCAAGAUGGCCGGCCGAAUGGCGCACCACAUGCUCUAUACGGCUAUGCAGGAGUACCCAUGCUACGACGGCUAUCUGUGGGCUCCAUUCGAUACAUUUCUGAACAUCCCGCGUCUGGAGCAGUUCGAUCUGAACACCUUCUGGUACCACUCGCCAUUUGCGAAGUACGUUCCGAACAAGGCACUCGGCACUGAAGAGGAGAAUCAAGACCCAAAGCGCCACCCGCCACCCGCCAACAUCUCACCCGAUCCUAAAUUGAACCUCACUGACGGCUGGCGUGGAUGGGGAGACUGGUGGUGGGGCGAUCCUCAUGUCGGAAUUGCGGAGUGUAUGCCGGCUUUCCUCCGGACACCAGAGAUACAGCGCUUACGGCUUGCGGCGUACCUUGAUGGAGAGACACGUUUCAUUGGCGGCUCAGUCGACACGCUCUACAUUCCCGGGCGACAUUACGAGCGCUUGAUGCAUACACUCGGCCUAUUCCUCGAGACUAACUGCUUCCUCGAGAUUGCCCUCCCGACUGUCUUGCACCUUGUGGUCCCUUUUGAUGAGGAGAUCCUUUAUGUUGAUCACCAUUGGAUCUGGUACCCGCCCUUCAAUGGCGACUUCGUACGCCAGCAGUGGCGAGAAGGGUUCGAAGUCGACACAUUCCAUACCUUCCACUGGGGUGAUACUCAGGAAGAUGGCGUGUGGCGCGGCGACCCGAACCUUGUUGGAGACACCCGCGAUCUUCUGCGACAGUCUGCCGCACGUCAAGGCACUGUAUUACCCUGA